AUGGCGUCGUCCACGUCCAAGGUGCCCGUGGCGCAAGCCGACACCUUCCCGGAUGGCACUACCGACCACGUCCCUCUGCGGAAGAAGACUUAUGAUCUCCGCAAGCCUCACAUCACUGACCAGCCGAUAACAUGGGCCAACUGGUACCAACACGUCAACUGGCUUAACACCUACUUCAUCGUCAUGGUGCCCAUGGUCGGUCUGAUUUCCUCGUACUGGGUUUCCCUGCAGCUCAAGACGGCCAUCUUUGCUGUCGCCUAUUACUUCUUCGCUGGCCUCGGAAUUACUGCCGGCUACCACCGUCUGUGGGCUCACUCAAGCUACAAGGCGUCCCUUCCUCUCAAGAUCUUCCUCGCCGCUGGUGGCGCUGCCGCUGUUGAAGGUAGCGCUCGUUGGUGGUCCAGCCUCCACCGCUCCCACCAUCGCUACACCGAUACCGAGAAGGACCCGUACUCCGUCCGCAAGGGCCUCCUCUACAGCCACAUCGGAUGGAUGGUCAUGAAGCAGAACCCCCGCCGCAUCGGCCGCACUGACAUCACCGACCUGAAUGACGACGCCGUCGUUGUUUGGCAGCACCGCAACUACCUCAAGUCAGUCCUCACCAUGGCCAUAAUCGUGCCCAUCCUUGUCUGCGGUCUCGGUUGGGGCGACUACUGGGGCGGCUUCGUGUACGGCGGUAUCCUGAGAAUCUUCUUCAUCCAACAGGCCACCUUCUGUGUCAACAGCUUGGCCCACUGGCUCGGUGACCAGCCCUUCGAUGACCGCAACUCACCGAGGGAUCACGUCAUCACCGCUCUCGUUACCCUUGGCGAAGGCUACCACAACUUCCACCACGAGUUCCCCAGCGACUUCCGCAACGCGAUCGAGUGGUGGCAAUACGACCCUACUAAGUGGUUCAUCUGGACCAUGAAGCAGCUUGGUCUCGCCUACAACCUAAAGACCUUCCCCCAGAAUGAGAUCGAGAAGGGCCGUGUCCAGCAGCAGCAGAAGAAGCUCGACCAGAAGCGUUCCACCCUCGACUGGGGUAUCCCUCUCGAGAGCCUGCCCGUUGUCAGCUGGGAUGAUUUCGUUGAGGAGUCCAAGAAUGGCAAGGCUUGGAUUGCCAUCGCUGGUGUCAUUCACGACGUCGGCAAGUUCAUCGCUGAUCACCCGGGCGGCAAGGCCCUUAUUUCGUCCGCCAUUGGCAAGGACGCAACUGCCGUCUUCAACGGUGGUGUUUACAGCCACUCCAACGCCGCCCACAACCUGCUCUCCACUAUGAGAGUCGGUGUUCUGAGGGGUGGCUGCGAGGUGGAAAUCUGGAAGCGCGCCCAAUCCGAGAACAAGGAUGUCAACGCCGUCACCGACUCGUCCGGCCAGCGCAUCGUUCGCGCCGGCGACCAAAUCACCCGUAUUGGCCGUCCCAUUACCACUGCCGACACCGCAUAA